UGUUGAUGACAGAAUCUUCAUUAUUUGAAACCAGCCCUUCACGUUUAUAACUAAGAAGCCUGAAAAAUGAAGACUAAAAUGAAGUAUUCAACCACCAAAAUCUCCCCAGGAAAAAUGAACAGCUCAGCAGGCAAGGCUUUGGUAAAAUCUCCCAAGUUGGGAAAAUCCCAGCAGAAGGCUGAAGAAGUUUGCCAAAUGUACUUUAUGCAACUACGUUCUGGCCUUAUCAUAGAAAAGACAGCCUGUUAUGUCAGGAAAGAAACCACCAAAAGGCAUUCACCAAGAACAGCUGGAAAUUAUAAACAUCUAGUAUUCACUGCCUGUCGUCAGCAGCCGGAACGGCCUGUAAAGAGCUUAGCCUUUGAUAUGCCUAUGGUCCAGAAAUGCAUUGGAACAACUGGUGUUUCAGCUAUCCAAGAAUAUUCUGCUUCCUUGAGCACAUACAAUGAUCAAUCUAUUACUUUCGUUUUUGAGGAUGGAAGUUAUGAGAUCUAUGUAGAAGACUUGGGAAAAAAUCAAGAGAAAGAUAAGGUGUUAUUCCGUUAUUAUGAUUCCCAACCUCCUUCACGUGAAACAGGUGAUGCUGUUGAUGGCCAGACAUUAUUGGUAAACCUGAGUCCUACAAAAGAUAAAGACUUCCUGCUGCAUGCAAAUAACAAAGAACACUCUGUGGAGCUACAAAAAUUUGAAAACCCAUUGCCAGACCAGGCCUUCUUCCUCCUUCACAAGAAGUCUUCCAAAUGUGUUUCAUUUGAAUGUAAGAAUGAUCCUGGAGUGUUUAUAGGAGUAAAGGAUAACCACCUUGCUCUAAUUAAAGUAGAGGAUCAAACUAAAGAUUCAACUAUAGAAAAUACCAUAUUUAAACUCUCUUAAAAUUAAUGUUAUGGAGAGCUGUGGAUUUUGUGUUGGAUAGCCCAAAUAGCUACCACUGGAGAAAUGAUCAAGAAAGAGACAGAUAACAUUUAAGGGAAGUGGAGGGUAUUUAGUAUGUUAUGGAAUGUUUUUCUCAUUCUGUGUAAAUAUUUUUUAUGGUCCUUCAUUUCUGCUUUUUAUUUCCCUCUGUAUCAUUACAUAUUCAAUAGGGUAUUGCUAAAGAGACCUCAGAAGAGAUACAACCUGAUCUUUAUAUUUUUAUGCUUUCAGUACAGAAAGAACUUCAUAUUUAGAGCUGAGACCUCUGGGAAAAGCAAGGGUCUUAAUCCAAGUCUCAUUUUAGACAGAUUCAUUUUAAAGAGCUACAUAGAGACAUAAUUUUCCCUGGUUCCAAACAAUGAGUUUACACACUAAAGCUCUUGGUGAAAAGACAACCAGGUCUACCUGGACUGACCGAUUCACAACUGGAUUAAAACAACAAAUUUGUUUGAAGAUGCCCAAAACUUCAGAUACCUACAUAGGUAGGCAGGUAAUAUAAAUAUGUGAAAAGAGAGAGACAGUCAAAGCAUUAAGAAAAAUAAAUCCAGUGUGUUUGUAAAUAUUUUUACCUCUAAUUGUUUGUAAACUGCUGAUUUUUUAUAGACUUAGUUAAGUUUAAGCAAGGCAUUCUUAUAUUAGGAAAUGAAAAAAAUUAUAGGUCAGACAUAUAAUUGAAAUCAUUAGGAAUAUCCAACAAACUAAAACAUUUAUUUAAAGCACUGACACAACCUAUCUUAGGAUAUCCAAGUACCAUGGGAUCCAAGUACCACAGUGAAUUGAGAAGUCCUCUAAUCUAUUAGAGCCUAGAUGGGACACAGGAUUAACAUCACAAUUUCAAUAACUGUCUAUCCCUUAAUUUUGUGGUAUCCUAUGUCCUUCAGACCCUAUCCUCAAGGGAUCUAUGACUUUUGAUAUACAUGUCACCCUGGACAACAUUUUUUCUAAUACUUUCUUCCCAUGUAUAUGCGUUUUACUUGUCCAGCUUCCCAAUUACCCUACUUACUAUGGAAUAUUUAUUUGGCUUUUCUUCCUUACUCAUUCUUUGACCAACUGUGUUCUUGAUAUAUCUUUUGUGCCUCCUGAGCUUUAUUACAUAUCAUGUGAUCUCUGGAUACCAUAUUUAUUCUACUUCAUCUACCUUAUGUUGUAGAAUUUCACACAAGCCUAUUAAGAGAAAUAUUUUUAUUAAAUACCUUUGCAUUUUACAUUACUAAGGUAAUAAAAUUCAUGCCCAACCAUAUAAUAAGAUUGUUCAACUACUGAAAGAAUCAUUUUGCUUAUUUUAAGGCCUUAAUUCUACCAUAAUUUUUCACAGGCUUAACACCGACAAUAAAUGAUAAAACUAAUAACAGAAUACUUAUAAAAUGUAACUUCUUCUGAAAGUGUAGGCUUUUUAAUUCUUAAUUUGGUGAGAUCUAUUAGAUUAUGAUACUGAUGGAACAUAAGAUUUAAAAAGCUGAGAAUUACUUUGUGAGGGUAAACAAUUAUAAAUAAUAAUAGAUCUUUCAUUACAUUGCCAAUUUUAAUAUGGAGACAAAAAUAAAAGCAGAAUCUAUAUCAUCCUAUCUGAA